AUGAAAACAUGUUUAGUUGUAUUUCAUUGCAGUCAUCCUUUUGAACCUCCUUGGGAUGAUACUGAAGAGGCUCCCGUCGAGAAAGAAAAGCCUAAUUUUGAACCAAGUGGGAAACUUGCAGAGGAUACAAAUACCUACCGAGGAGUUGUUAUCAAGUAUAAUGAACCAGAUGAUGCCCAAAUACCGAAAACCUAUUGGCGUCUUUAUCCGUUCAAAGGAGAAGAGUCUUUACCAAUAAUGCAUAUCCAUCGCCAGUCGGCUUAUCUGAUUGGACGGGAUUCUAAAAUAGCUGACAUUCCAGUCUUACAUCCGAGUUGUUCGAAGCAGCAUGCGGUACUACAGUAUCGUUUAACGCCAGUUGAUUUACCUGAUGGCACAGUGAUUAAAAAAACGCGACCUUAUAUUAUUGAUUUAAAUUCUGCAAAUGGCACAUACCUUAACGAUGAACGAAUAGAACCGCAAAGGUCUGGUUUAAAAUAUAUGCUAAUAAAAUUUUUUCAAAAGUAUCAGUGA